GGGCCGGCGGCAGCCGCGCCUGCCCGGGCUGUGGGCGGGGGUUUCGCAGCGCGAGGGAGAGCCGGGGAGGAGAAAUAAUUGGAGAAGAAAGGCAAAACAAAGGAAAUCUUCAUGCAUAUGAAUACAUGGCCAGGUGUCUUGAUCUUCUGAGAUGUCACAGGAAGGAGUGGAUGAUCUUGUAAAUUAGUUAUACAUUAAUCUUGUCUUCUCCAUACUCAUUGUGAACACUCAUCAUAAAAUGGAUGGUUUGGGCAACCUCCUUCCUCCUGUGGGUGAAAAUGUUGAUGCAGCUAAUUCACAAGAAAUACUAAAACUUUUGAUGGACGAAAAAAUGCGAAGUGAACACCAUAAAGCAAAUUAUCAAACUCUAAGGGCGGAACAUCUAAGAUUACAAGAGGAUUAUACCAAAUCACAAGAUGAACUGAAACAGUUGUUAGUUGAAAAACAGACUGUACAUGACAAAUUUCAGCAGCUUCUUGCUGACUUUCAAGAGCAGUUGCUGGCUAAAACACAAGAGCUGGAACAAGUGAAGCUGCAGGUGCCAACUCCUCAAAAUUUAGAACGGUUAAAAGCAAAAAUGUAUGAGGAAUUGACAUCUCCUAUGAGAGAGCGUUAUCAGAAGCUAGAAAAUGAAGUGGAAAAAUACAGAACACUAUAUAACAAACUUCGUUAUGACCAUACCUUUCUGAAAUCAGAAUUUGAGCAUCAAAAGGAAGAACAUGCACAUAUUUUAGAAGAGAAGAAAAUAAAAUAUGAGGCUGAGAUCGCAAGACUGGAUAAAGAUAAGGAAGAACUCCAUAAUCAGCUGCUUAGCAUUGAUCCCACCAGGGACAAUAAACGUGUGGAGGCACUUUCUAGAGAAAAGGCACAACUGUGUCAGAAAUUAAAAGCCUUAGAAGCAGAAGCAGAAGAACUAAGAGCAGAAAGACACAACUGUGUUGUGCAAGCAGAAAAUGUUCAAAGAGUACAAGCGCGACAGUUAGCUGAGAUGCAGACCAUGAUGCGGUCUCUAGAGGCAGAAAAGAAGUCUGCUGAACUACAGGUUGAUCGAAUUGAGAAAGAACUGCAGACAAGUCAUGAGCAAAACAUUCUCUUAACUACCAAACUUCACAAAUCUGAACGAGAAGUCAGUUCCUUAGCUGCUCAAGUAAAAGAACUUAAACAUUCACAUAAGUUGGAAGUAACAAAUAUCAAACUGGAGGCAGCAAGAACAAAGAGUGAAAUAGAAAGAGAGAGAAACAAGAUUCAAAGUGAAAUGGAUGGUCUGCUGUCUGACAAGGAAAUUCUUACUGCAGCUGUUGAACGUCAUAAAGUGCUUUUAGUAGAAAAGGAUCGGGAGCUAAUUCGUAAAGUUCAAGCUGCCAGAGAGGAAGUUUUUGACAAUAUUGCUGCCUUACAGAAUGAAAAGUUAGAACUCGAGAACAGAUUAGCUGAUCUAGAAAAGAUGAAACUGGAACAAGAUUCUUGGAGACAAUCUGAAAAGGAUCAGUAUGAAGAGAAACUACGUGCUGUGCAAAUGGCAGAAGAAUCUAGAAAAAAGGAACUUCAGCGUUUGCGAUUAAAAAUUCAACAGCAAGCUAUGCAGACAGAAGAGCUGGAAGAAAAGAAACGUGAAAAUGCUAAUCUUAAACAGCAAAUAAAUGAUAUCCAACUCCAGCUUGCCUCACUUUCUCAAUCAGAAAAUGAUUUGCUGGAAUCUAAUCAGAAGCUGAAGGAAAUAACAGAGAGAUUGAAACAAGAAUGUCAACAUGCAAGGGCUCAAGCAGAGAAAGCUCAACUGGAAACAGAGAAGACUUCAGAAUACCAGCGUAUGGAAUGGCUGCAGGAAAAGCAUAUGCUUACUCAGCACAUGACAGAGUAUGAAGAGAAAUACAAGCAAAUGAAGAACAAGCUAUGUCGAGCUGCUGUUGCUCAGAAAAAGAGAAAGACUCUCAAUGACAAUAAACAAAGGAGGAUGCGUGAGAAAAUAGAACUUUUGGAAGCCAAGAUGGAAGAAUUAGAAAAAGAAAAUCAUGUGUUAAAUAGACAGAAUGUUUCCUCUGAGGAAUAUGCUCGCCUCCAGAAGAGGCUAAAGGACUUGCAACGUCGGCACAAUGAAUUCCGGAGUAUAAUUCUGAAUCCUGACAUCCCGUCACUCAAUCCAGUCGGUGUAACGCCAUUGUCUGCCUUGCCUCCUGGGCCUGCAGCAUCCUUCUCCUUUCUUCAGGAGGAGCAGCAUCAAAGAGAGCUUGCCCUGCUUGGCAAGCGGUUGGAAGAACUAGAAACCAGACAAAGAAAACAGCUGGAAGAUCUUGGACCAUCUAGAGAGCGGGUAAUGGUAGGGUACAGGGACUUGUCAAGAAAUAAGAUCACUGGAGAAGAUGAAGCACUAAGCGAGGACUCUAAAUAAAUUCUGCACACUCUUGAUGCUGUUAGCUUUCAAUAACUUAUCCUUUGUACGUGCUUUUCAUAUUUUGCCAGAAACAUGGUUGUAUGUGCCUGAAUAACAUAAAAUAUAUUCAGCAUAGUAACCCUUUUGUGGCUCAACUUGUUUAACUGCUGGGUCUAAGGAUAAAAGUACCUUUUCUCCCUGGAAUCAUAAAAAAUAAUAUGCAGAGUUGCCAUUCAUGAGGGGCUGCACCCUGAAUUUGUGUUACCAGUGUGGUGAUAUUUAGCAUAGCAGCAGUUACAGGCUCAAUAUUGAGAUUCAAUUACAGACAGUUUGUUUCUGGCCCCCUAGACUUACCUCUUCUCUCAAGUGUCUAGUCCUCCGGGCAUGUGUGGAGAAAUGAAGUCCCUUUCACUGUAAGUCGAGAGCAGGUUUGGGAUGAUUUGAUGAAGCUGGAUAGCCACAAGUCUGUGGGACCUGGUGAUGUGCAUCUUAGGAUCCUGAGGGAACUGGCUGAUGUUGUUGCUGUGUUUGGAAGUCAUGGCAAUCAGGUGAUGUCCUCAGUGACUGGAAAAAGGGAAACAUUGCUCCCAUUUUUAAAAAAGGGAGAAAGGAUGAACCAUGAAACUACAGACAGUAGUUGAAACUACAGUGUGCCUCACCUCUGUAUCUGCGAUUGUCACGGAACAAAUCCUUCUAGAAGAUGUGCUAAGGCAAGUAAAACACAAGGAAGGCAGCCACCAUGGCUUUACUAUGGGUAAAUUGUGCCUAAGCAAUAUGGCCACCUAUGAUGGAGUGACAGCAAUGGUUGACAGGGCAACACUAACAAAUGUCAUCAUUUAGACUUCUGUGAGGCCUUUGAUCUCCAGAUUGAAGAGAGAUGGAUUUGAUGGAUGAAUAGCCAUUCAGUGGAUAAGGAAUUGGCUGGAUGGACACAGCCAGAGUUGUAGUCCAUGGCUCUGUGUCUAGGUAGUGAAUGGUGAUGAGUGGGGUCCCUUAGAGCUCACUCUUGGGACUGAUGCUCUUCAGCUCCUACACUGAUAACAGACAGUGAGAUUGAGUGCAGCCUUAGCAGGGUUGAUGACAGGAAGCUGAGCUCUGCAGCUAACACAACAGAAGGAAAGGAUGUUAUCAAGAAGUGGGCCCAUGGCAACAUUAUGUAGUUCAGCAAGUCCAAAUGCAAAGUGCUGCCUCUGGGUACGGAAAAUUCCAGGUGUGAGUAUAGAUGGAAAAGAAGUCACUGAGAGCAGCCCUGUGGAGAAGGAAGGAGGAGUUCUCAUGGAUGAAAGGCUGGUCAUGAGCACAUCCUGGGCUGCAGCAAAAGCAGCAUGGCCAGCAGGGCAAAGGAGGCUUCAGGGAGACAUUAUUCUUCCAGUACCUAAAGAGGGCUAUAAAAAGGAAAGGGACUUUUUUUACGUCCAGUGAGCUGUCAGGACAAGGGGCAAUGGUUUUAAGCUGAAAAAGGGCAAGUUUAGAUAUUAGGAAGAAAUCCCUAUGGGGUGGUGAGGCACUGGAACAGAGAAGUUGUGGAUGCCCCAUUCCUGCAAGUGUUCAAGGCCAGGUUGGAUGGGGCUUUGAGCAACCUGUACUGGUGGAAGGUGUGCCUGGCCCAUGGCAGGGGGAUUGGAACUGGAUGAUCUUUGAUCCCUUCCAGCACAAACCAUUCUGUGAUUCUGUGAGCCACUUCCUGAUAAUGUUUGUUUUUCACUUUUUUUCCAUAAAGUCAAAAUAUUAAAUAAUCUCAACACAAGACACUUUGAAAAAAUAUUUUUCAAGGUUUGGGUUGUUUAAAAUAAAACUGACAUCUAAUAUAAAAUUUUGAAACAAUUUUUUAUGAAUCCUUUAACACUUACUUGAUAAUAUCCUCUUAUUCCUUCAAUGUGAAAGUUAAUGUAUGCUACUCUGGGUUGCAGUUUUGAUCACUAACAAUGCUGUAAUCCACAUCUAGGUAGGUAUUUUGAUGCAGAUAAGAAUAGAAUGAAAUUUUUAAAGCUCUGAAAACUUCUAUUUGCUACCCUUGACAAUGUGCCUCUUGUAUUUCUAUAAUGGGAAUAAGAAAUAAUUGUUUUUUUAAAUAUAAUAUAGCAGAGAUUAGUAUAAGUUUCCUUCACAUUAUGUAACUACAAGUCUGUACUUGAUCCUACUCUAAUUUUUUAACUUUACUACAACAAAAAUAUUUAUUCUAGGUUAAAUAUCUUUUUUUCAGUUCAUUAUCAGCCCAGUAAAAGAAAUUUGUGAAGGAUCAAUUAUUUACAUAAACUUUUUUACCAGAUAAUCCAAUAACAAUCAUGUUCCUGCAAUUGUACGAAUUUUAUAAUGUGGGUUUUGUUUGUUUGUAUUUAGCUUGUUGUUGUUAUUUUCAAUACUUCAACAAAAAUACAGGACAGCGAUAAUA